UACAAGCAGAUCACCAAUGACUGUUUCCAUCGCAGUCCAUGUGGUUGAAUCUCCCCCACAAUUUGCUAAUCUGCUGACAAAUCCAGUGCGACAUCCAGCAACUAAACUACACUAUACUAUGCAGUUACAUUUUCACCCUUUGGACUUAACAAACACAUCUUUCUCUACCUAUUCAAAACAAGAUUAAUAGAUAGUGGACCAAUAUACACAAUGACCAACUUCAACAUCCAAAUCAUCUCCGACACCGUCUGCCCGUGGUGCUACGUCGGCUUCCGCCGUCUCACACGCGCCAUAACAACCCACAAGACCACCCACCCAGCCGACACAUUCACCCUAACGUGGCACGCCUUCUACCUGAACCCGAACUCGCCAAGUUUCCCCGGUCUCGACAAAACCGAAUACUACAAAUCCAAGUUCGGUGCUGACCGCGCGAGCGCCAUCUUCGAUCGACUGGGUGCCGUGGGCCAGAGCGAAGGGAUCAAGUUCAGUUUUGGUGGGAGGACGGGGAAUACGCGGGACUCGCAUCGGUUGAUGUGGUAUGCUGGACAGAAGGAGAAGAUUGAUACAGUGAAGAAAGAUGACAAUGUGAUUGGGGGCUUGCAGACGAGGGUGGCGGAGGAGUUGUUCCGGGCCUAUUUUGAAGAGGAGAAGAAUGUGACGGAUCGGGAGGUGUUGGUGCAGGCUGGGGUUGGGGCUGGGUUGGAGAAGAGUGAGGUUGAGAGGUUGUUGGAUGGGGAGGAGGGUGGGAAGGAGGUCGACUUGGAGGCUGAGAAGGCGAGGCGUCAGUUGGUGACGGGGGUGCCGUAUUAUAUGAUUCAGGGGCAGUAUGCUGUGGAGGGUGCGGAUGAGCCGGAGACCUUUUUGGAGGUUUUUGAGCAGGUGAAGAAGAGUUCUUGAGAGGAAUUACGGAUGGUAUAUAAAGGUGAGAAGGGGAACAUCUACAGGUACUGUUGAUCCCAUGCAAAUUACAUUGCUCUAUGGAGGCAGCAAAUAUGUAACACAAGCAGAGAAGUGUAACGUAGUGGAGUCUAGUCUUAUGAGACAGCCGUCCUUUGCCCAUUAAAUCCUCCGAUCCACAACCAUAAGUCUUUGCAAGGGGGGUAGAAAUUUGCAACCCCAGAGAGUAUCCCCAAACGCCCGAGUUGACAAAUGCGAGCAAGUAAGCAAAUGC